AUGCCGGAUCUGCAAGACCCGAUAUUGAUCGUUGGCGCCGGCACCUUUGGGCUGUCAGCGGCCUACCACUUCACCCGGGCCGGAUACAGAUCCAUCACGAUACUUGAAAAGGGAACAUCGGUUCCCUCGUCCCUUUCGGCAGGCAAUGACGUCAACAAGAUUGUCCGCGCUGAAUAUGAAGACCCCUUCUACACCGAGCUGGCAUUGCAAGCCAUGUCGGAAUGGACCGACAACAAACUUUUUGCGCCGCACUACCACCAGACCGGUUACCUCUUAGCCAACUCAGCAGCGGCGCCAGAAAAGACGAAAAAGACCCUGACCAAGUCUCUCGAGAGCAUCCGGGUGCACCCGGCCUGGAUUGGCAAGAUCGACCCGAUCAAGACCAGGGAGGAUAUCAUCAAAGCUGCGCCGGCGCUGGACGGACCCAUGGAAGGGUGGGAAGGGUAUUUCAACCACUUCGCCGGUUAUGCGCACGCUGAAAAUGCUCUUAAAGCGCUUUAUGACUAUGUGAAAGCUCAGGGGGUCGAAAUUCACACCGGAGAGGAAGUUGCGAGUCUUGUAUACGAAGGUGAUAGGUGUCGAGGUGCGCGCACAACAUCUGGGAAACAGUUCACGGCCACUACGACGAUUCUGACGCUCGGGGCCUCGCUCGGAAACGUCCUUCCGUCCAUCGGACGACAGGUCACAGCAAAGGCAUGGAGUGUCCUACACAUACAGCUGCAGCCGGAGGAAGCGGCGCGCUUGAAGGGCAUACCAGUUACGUACGCCCGGGACCUGGGAUUCUUCUUCGAACCAGAACCCGGCACAGGGAUACUCAAAUUGUCCCCCAGCGGUGGAGGCUACACCAACUACUCAAAGACAACGGGCUUAUCCAUACCGCCAGAGCAGAAUGACUUCGUGCCCGAGACCGAUGUGCGUCGGAUCCGGAAACUUCUCCAGGAAACGCUUCCGGGCCUGGCUGAUCGGCCUUUUGUCGACCAGCACAUUUGUUGGUGUGCCGACACGGCGGACUCGGAUUAUGUCAUUGAUGCUGUGCCUGGGAAGCAGGGCCUGUACCUAGCGACGGGUGAUUCGGGUCACGGUUUCAAAAUGCUUCCUGUGGCUGGAGCAUGGAUCAAGGACCUGGUGGAAAAGGGGGAACAGGAUACCGUUCGGUGGAAGUGGAAGGAAGGGAGCGAUGCUGGUCAGAAUGUCAGUUGGCGAGCCGGGGAGGUGGUGGAUUUGAAAGACAUCCAAUGCGGGUCAACGCAGUAA